GUUUGGCUUCACUUCUUGACGUUUCAUUGGCAUCGUUAGGCUUCAGAUAUUAUGGUGUGUCCAGGUGUAUUUUUCCAAUUUUUGUUCUGGAUCUCUCUGAUGAAAACAGGUUUACAACAGCGUGUGGUUACUCAUAUUAUCAGCACUAUGUGUGUUGUCCGACAGUCGACGGUUCUCAUACCCUGCUCAUACGGUCACUCCAGACACGAGAGCUUGUACAUAGAGGAAUGGGUUUAUCAGAGAUCACCGGAGGACAGUGAUAGGGUCGUCUCUCAGGACCCUGCGUUUGAAGGCCGUGUGGAGUUUGUGAACUCAACUGGAGGUGGCGGUGGCAACUGCUCGCUGUUGCUGAAGAACGUGAGAGACAGUGAUGCCGGCAUCUUCAGGAUUAGGUUCAGAAGCGGUGUUUCUUUACAAACCUGGUCAAAGUCUAGUGGUGUCAGUCUGAAAGUAACAGAUGCAGAGUUAGAGGUGAUCUCCCAGUAUGAUGUGGUGACAGAAGGAGAUUGGUUGGUGUUUUUCUGCGGCUCUUGCGUCCCCUCCAUCAUUGUGCCCACCUACAUCUGGAGGAAAGAUGGUCGUUUGUACAGUCAGAACUAUGGGACCAACCAGCUUGAUCUGAACUCUGUUAGACUGGAGGAUGCAGGUCGAUAUUUCUGCAUGUUAAGCGGUCAUGAGGGACUCAACUCUUCGUCUGUGGCCGUUAAGGUUAGACCUGGAGAUCCUCCAAAGAACACAACAAUACGCAUCAGUCCAUCUGCUGUAAUAAUGGAGGGUGAUUCAGUGACUCUGACCUGCAGCAGUAAAUCAAAUCCACUUGUUCACAACUACAGCUGGUUUAAGGUGAAUGAAACAUCAUCUGUUGGAUCUGGACAGACGUACAGCAUCACUAACAUUAACUCCAGUCACAGUGGAUGGUUUUACUGUGAAGCUCAGAAUAAAUAUGGAUCUCAGAGAUCAAAUGCUGUUCUGCUGAUGAUUGUAACAGGAGGAGACAGACUGGCUGUGAGUAAGGUUACAGUGGGAGUAAUACCGGCUGUUGUCAUCACAUCUGUAUCUGUGAUACUUUUGGUUGUUUUUGGGAUCUGUAUCAGUAGUGCUGUGGUUGGAGAGUGCAGAUUAAGGAAAAGAGCGACAUCAGACGUUCAAAACAACAAAAAUCUACAGCACCAUAGAGCGAUUGAGUCUUCGGAAGAGACUUACAUGACCCUUGACCCCAAGACCAUGAGUGCUGAUUAUGACACACUGGAUAAUGUAAGAAAAUCCACUGAUAAGAGAUAACCCUGAAAGCACACAGCUGCCAUCAAAAACAGCUGGAGAGGACAGAAGAAGAUAUAAUGACAUUAAACACUGGAUGCUUGUUUUAGUGAAUAGUGAAAAGUUAAGGUCUAGUAACACAUUAAGUGUUAGCAGCAAGUGAUGCAAUUUAAGUUCAUUCAUAUCAGCAUCAUCUAUGCUAGAAAUACAAUAUUUUUGUAUUUUUCAAUUUUAAAGGGGACAUAUUAUUUGACACUUUUGGUGUCCCAAGAGUGUGUCCAUGUAGGUACAACACAGUCUCACGGCAAGUCGUGUUAUGGUAACGAAAAUUUUUAUUAAUUUAUUUGUGUUUGAUGACACGAAUUUCCGCUGUUUUUUGUGUCUCUGGAGACGAAUGUCUACUUCAUCCUUCCCAGCACAAAUUUCUAUCAAUGGCUGUUCGUGUCUGUGGCACGACUUUCUUUAUCGUGUCAUUUUAUAUUUAGUUUUCUCAUCGUUUUUUCAUAUUUUUAAAUCAUUGUCGCUUGGGGUUAGGGUUAGAUUCUGGGUUUGCAUUAGGAUGUAAUUUAUGCAUUAGUUUCUACAUGUUUUUCGUCCGCUUUUAAAACUAUUCUCGUCUGGAGUUGGGGUUAGAGUUGGGGUUUGGGUGAGGAAGUCGCAGAAAGUGAUUCUAACCCAAACAUCAAGCGACAAU